UCGUAUGUAAAUAUUUAAUAAGCUAUAUAUUUUUUCUGCAAUUUGUGUACAAGCAAAAGAUAUUCGACGUGGAGUUUCAGAUUUAAAUAUAUUCAUAUUAAUUAUAGUGUAUAAUGGAUUUUUCAGAAUUUGAAAUCCCCGAGUGUCCCUCAUCGGCAAUAUAUAUUCCAAACUUCAUAACUUCAGAAGAGGAGAAACAGAUUUUGUCUCAAAUUUCUCGAACCCCAAAACCUAAGUGGACUCAACUUCUUAAUAGACGUCUCAUUAAUUAUGGAGGAGUACCCCAUCCAAAUGGAAUGAUUGCUGAAGAAAUUCCGGAUUGGUUACAAGUAUAUAUGGAAAAAAUAAAUAAUUUAAAUAUUUUGCGGUCUCGAAAAGCGAACCAUGUACUGGUUAAUGAAUAUUUGCCCGGACAAGGAAUUAUGCCUCACACUGAUGGUCCAUUAUUUCAUCCAAUAAUAUCGACUAUCUCUUGUGGUUCAUAUACAGUACUUAAUUUCUUUGAACGAGAAGUAGCUAAAUUAGAUGGUUAUCAGGCGCACCUAAAGAGAAAUAAGAAUGACGCCGAACCCCCACAACAGGAAUGUUUAAAACGUGAAAUUAACUUCAAAAUACUUUUAGAACCUCGCAGCUUAUUAAUACUUAAGGAUCAAUUAUAUAAUAAUUAUUUGCAUGGUAUAGAUGAAUUCAAACAAGAUAUUCUUUGUGAUAAAAUUUGCAACUAUGAAAAUUUGGAAAUGGUCCAUAAGAUAGGAAGUAUUUUACAACGCGACACUCGCAUUUCUCUAACAAUACGUCAUGUACCAAAAACAACUACAAUGAAAUUAAAGUUUUGUUAAAUUACACCAUACUUUUAUAUGCAGAGAAUUAUUAUAUUGCUAAUAAUAUUGACAAAAACUAAAAAAAAGUAAUUAUCGGAUUAAUUUUUAGACAAUAACACGGACGAUCGAAAACAUGAACGUUCUAAAAUGUGAACACUUUUUUGGUGCAUUGACUAUUGGAAAAUGAAAAACACUAUUAAUUUAGUGCUGCCCAAUCUAUUUAUCGUUUGUUUAUCAGUGUGGGGAACAAGAACUGACAAAGUGCUUUAUUGUUGAAAGAAUAUUUUUGGGUUUUCGAAUACAUGAAUAUUUCGCAAUGUGAACUGUCUUGGUUUUAAUUAGUUCACGUUUUCGAGCGCGUGUUGUACUUACUUUAGCAAUAAAGUCUUAUAUAAAAAUAGCCAUUUAAAUUAAUACAUCUUCAUGUUGAUCGAAUAUAGGUUAGGAUAUCAUUCCACAUAUAAAUGUAAAUGCAUAAGCCAGAAAAAAUAUGCAACACUUUUAUUAAAACAAUAAACAAAAUAUUUUAAUUUCAA